CUCUGUGCGACUUACACGUGGAAUAACGAGCAUCAACAGCUCCUAACUUGUACUUGACAAGUAGUUUAGUACAAAACCUUUCACCAAAAUGGCUGUUAAACAAUAUAUCCUAGCCUUUCUUGUUAUUUCAAUUCUUUUACAUUGCUGCCAAGCCAGUUUGCUCCAGGAAACUUUAGCGAAAGCCGAACAGUUCAAAUCGGAAAACGAUGGAGAGAUUAAAGUUGAAAUAGUGAAUAAUGAGAAGAACAAUGAAGGCGAAGUUAAAAGUGAUGAAGAAACAGACAAUAAAGAAAAUAAAGACAAAGAAUCGAGCAAAGAAGAAGUCAGUAGCGAACCCAAAGCGAGUAUACACCUCAAAACGAUUUACAAACCAAUAGAUUGCGAUAUUAUAACAAAGUCAGGCAAAGUGGCCGUCUUGCAUUAUACUGGUUGGGUCGGGGACAAGAAAUUCGACAGUACAAUAGAUCCGUUAAAGCGAUAUGUCCCUUUCGAGUUUAUAAUUGGAACUGGUGCUGUGAUUAAAGGAUUUGAAAAAGGCAUUAAAGAUAUGUGCAAAGGUGAACAGAGGAAGAUUACCAUUCCUCCUGAGCUGGGAUAUGGUGAAAAAGGUGCUGGACUUAUCCCAGGUACGGAAUGAUGACUUUAUUUAUACUGGAUAGCUCUAUCAGUUCUAAACUGUUCUUCCUAGAGGUCCAGUAAGAAUCAUCUCUUAUUGAUCCAGUGUUACUACAGGAGGAAACCUAAAUUAAACUAACUUUAUUUAUACUGGAUAGCUCUAUCAGUUCUAAACUGUUCUUCCUAGAGUUCCAGUAAGAAUCGUCUCUUAUUGAUCCAGUGUUACUACAGGAGGAAACCUAAAUUAAACUAACUUUAUUUAUACUGGAUAGCUCUAUCAGUUCUAAACUGUUCUUCCUAGAGUUCCAGUAAGAAUCGUCUCUUAUUGAUCCAGUGUUACUACAGCAGGAAACCUAAAUUAAACUAACUUUAUUUAUACUGGAUAGCUCUAUCAGUUCUAAACUGUUCUUCCUAGAGGUCCAGUAUUAAAGGAUCAUCUCUUAUUGACCCAGUGUCACUACAGGAGAAACCGUAAACUAAACUAACUUUAUUUAUACUGGAUAGCUCUAUAAUUUCUCCAUACUGCUCCAGUGUUACCACAGGAGUAAACUGUAAUAUGAAUUAUACUGGAUAGCUCUACCCUCUAUAAACCUAGUGUAUUUUGUUCGUUUCUAGGCAACGCAACGAUUACGUAUGAAGUUCAACUGCUCGACUUACGAGAGCCUCCUCCCCAGGCCGACGUGUUUGGCGGGAUGGAUCAAGAUGGCAACAAGAAGCUGUCACGUGACGAGGUCGCAGACUACAUGAAGAAACAAGCACAGAUGCAUUAUGGGGCACCAAUGGAUGACUAUUAUUGGAAGCAAUAUCAUGACCAGAUGGUCGAUAAUAUCUUUGCUCAGGACGAUGAAGACGAGGACGGCCAUAUUUCACACAACGAGUUUAGUGGACCUAAACUUCAUCAUGAAGAACUAUAAUAUAAACCUACGAAUUAUGUACCUACGAAUUACGUACCUACGAACUAUGUUCCUACGAAUUAUGUACCUACGAAUUUUGAACCUACGAACUAUAAAUCUACGAAUUAUAUACCUUCUACGAAUUUUGAGCCUACGGCCUAUGAACCUACGAACUAUGUACCUCGAAUUGUGAACCACCGGAAUUACGAACCUUCGAAUUGUGAACCUACGAACUAUGAACAGUCUCAAUACAUCAUUUAGACAAACUUGAGCAAUGGUACUAUAGUUGUGUAAAAAAGUAGCUAAAUUUAAUUGGAGUCGUAUUGGUUAAAACGUUUAUGGCCACCGACCUGUGAUUGUAGACAAUGG